CCAGAGGGGAAAGAACCAUCUCGAGCUCUAAAAUCACGAAAUCUGUGGGCGAUCCACUAAUUGAAUAAACGAACGGCUUCCUGCGCUGAUUGCCAGCGGAGUCUGAUGGACGCAUCUACUGGUGUGUGUGCUGCUGUGACAGUGAUGUUGCUCUUCGUGAACAGUGGUUUGUGUUGUGUGCAGUGAUUAUAAGUGAAUUCAACAUAUAAACUUCAUCAACAAUGUGGAGAAUCAGUAGUUCAAUUGCUCUCGCUAUCUUCGUGUUCUGGUGUACUAUCAGCGAGAGCUUGACACAGUUGGAUGGGCUAACAGAUGCAAAACCAAAGAGAUGCAGCCACGAGCGGGCAUACGAGAUGUAUGGUGCCUACUGCGUGGGACUAAAGCUGCACGAAAUACCAAGCCUCAAAAGUGGAAUUGAGAUCCUCGACUUCAGCGAGAAUAGAUUACAGGAACUAAAAGCUGAUACUUUCUCUAGCUACACGAGUUUAAAAUACUUAUACUUGGCGGAGAACCAGAUGUAUAAUAUAGAUAAAGACGCAUUCGCGCCUCUUGGCUAUUUGCAAACAUUGGAUCUCUCCAAUAAUGUAAUAUUUAACUUGCCACAGACAAUCUUCCAACUGCCGUCGUUACGAAAACUCUACCUCAAGGACAAUCCGCUCCUCCAUCUUAGUUUACCAAAAUUGCAGCUUCACAAACCCAUCAAUGCGCCGUUGGAGCUUUUGGAUAUUUCAAAUUGCAAAAUACUUGUGUUACCGAAUUGGGGUCCUUUACCACAUCUGAUCCAUUAUAACAUUUCACAUAAUCCACUGUCCAUACUUGAACCGAGUCAUUUUGCAGCAAUGUGCAAAUUGGAAAAAGUGGAUUUAACAAGUGCCAUUGAUAAUUUGCCAUAUUGCGGCCUUAAACCUACGAUAAUUUGGUUGCAAGAAAAAAGAGUUUACUUCCAGCUUGAAGAUUAUUCUAAGUUAAAUGCAAAAGAAUUUAAUGACUGUCCCGCCGCAACAGAAGGAUUUGGAGUUCUCAACGCAACUCAUCAGCAAUGUAAAGCUUUACAUUUACAGUUUCAGAACCACAAAACAUCUCGGAGGACAUGGUUAAAUGUCGCCGGGGGCUUAGCAGGCUUCCUCAUCGGGUUCAUAUUGCUGCUGUAUCUAAUGCAUCGACAUAACGUCUCACAGACCAAGACGAAGGCUGAGAAGAUGAAGAAAGCUAUACCGACCAAUGAUUCUGACAAUCAGGCAAUGGUUCCGAUACUCAACGAAUUAAAUGAUGUUUCUAGGCUUUAACAAUUAAUUUGAACCAAAGAAAAAACCAAAUGUUUUGAUGAAGAUAUUGUUUGAUGAUAGAUAAAAAAAUAAAUUAUUGUAUUGUAGAUUAAUUCACCUAUAGCUGCUGAUAUCCUACUGAUAGUGACAGGUAAUCCAGCGAGCUAGAAUAUAUAAAAAAUAUACGAGACGGUGCUAUAAUUAAGAACUGCCUGGAGGAAAAUCCUUUUAGGUCAAAGCUGAAUUUUGAAAUGUCUUUACUCGAUAGAUACAACCUACAUAGGCAGUGUUUUCUAUAUGAUAUAGGUAUAAUAUUUAGUUCAGUAACAACUUUUAGAUCGGGC